GGUUGGAGGUUGGGUUGGAGGCGGGCCUGGGCGGCUCCAGCUGCAAGAAACCUGACACCUCAGGCUUGGGCGGGGCCCUGCUUCCCGGGACACUUGUAAACCUCAGCCCAGCAGCUCUGCUUGGUGCGCCCCAUCUCUUUGCCUAGGUCAUCCCUGCGUGGACAUCAGCUCCAGCCCUGCAUCCUCAUGGCAGCAGAGCCACUGACAGAGCUGGAGGAAGCCAUUGACACGGUGGUCAACACUUUCUUCUCCUUUGCGGGGCGUGAGGGCCGGAAGGGCAGCCUAAGCAUCAAUGAGUUUAAGGAGCUGGUCACUCAGCAGUUGCCACACUUGCUUAAGGAUGUGGGCUCCCUGGACGAGAAGAUGAAGAGCUUGGAUGUGAACCAGGACUCGGAGCUCAAGUUCAAUGAGUACUGGAGACUGAUUGGGGAAUUGGCCAAGGAGAUCAAGAAGGAGAAGAUCUCUGAGAUCCGGAAGAAGUAAAGUCAGCUGGGAAGGGCUAGGGCAGGAUGAGCAAGACCAGGCAGAACUCCACACCUCCCAAAUAAAAUCUCCUCAAAAUACAAA